AUGGGAUGCCCGUGGGGUGGAAUGCACCAUGGCGAGCGCAUCCACGAUCUUCUGGUCGAUGAGGCGCGAUUUGCGAAAAAGGGCUAUCUCGAGUCGGUGCCAAUUGAAAAGCUCGAUGAAGGAACAUACCAGCGUAAGUUUAAGUGGGACAGGGGCAUGGCAGAGUACGGUAAUAGCGGCUAUCGUUUUCUUGGCGUGCUUCCGAUGUGGAGGGAGCUCUAUUUUGUUCGGGAUGGAAAAAUUAGCCUGGUGACUUCUGAUAAGCUGCUGAAGAGGCGGUCGCUGCUCCAUGCACUUUUCGGGUUUGGUAGUGGGUGA